UUCUGUGUGCACUUGCAGCGCGUCCUCGUGAGUUUAGCUUGUCUCACUGACAGCUUUGAUCGCUGACUGUCUCCCUUGUCGGUACCCGUUUGGUUCGGGACACAAUGCAGUGUCUGUCAGUCUCCUCCGCUUGAUCAUGGGGACCUUAUACUGUCGCUGUUUUGCUGCCCUCUUAGGGCCUGUACUCGCUUACUACUGCCUGCUCUUGCCGGGGAGCGCCGGGAGUCCAGCUGACCCCUGUCCCAGAAAGAUAGAUUGCACACUACUGAAGAGAACGUUCUGUUCCCCUGGAUCUACAAAAUGUGGCUCCUGUAUCCAAGGCUAUGUGGAGACUACUGAUGGAACAUGCCAAAUAACAACCAAUCUUGACAAAGUUGCAUCAAAAAAGAUGGCUGAAGCAGAUCUAGAAAGAGAGAUUGAUUAUUUAGCAUCCAUAGCCAACAAGCAACCUCAUGAUUUGCAACUUGCACAGGGCGAUAACAAUACUCCUUCCCAGAGUCCUCCUCUCCUAAGUGCUCCUCCAUAUAGGUCAUCAGAAAGAUACAAGACUCCUAUAGAUAACUCUUCAGCUCCCAGCAAAGUUCCAAGAAAGAACACCAAGGAGCCCCUCAAUGAUGCCCUUCUACUAGGUGUUGUGGUCUCGUGUGCGGUUGCAGGACUCAUGGCUUUAAUUGUGGCCGGCGUGUGCUGGUGCAGAAUGCACAGAGAAAUAAAGCUUGCAGAGAAAACGGAUUACGCAUCGUUCAGGACAUCGCCACCACCUCCCUAUGAGAAAACAUCUCCCGGGGAUAAAAAACUGGCCCAAAGUGCCCAGAUGUAUCAUUAUCAGCAUCAAAAGCAACAGAUGAUAUCAAUGGAAAAGAAUAAAGAUGAACCUAAGCAUCCAGAUUCUGCCGUUACGUCAGAUGAAGAGAAUGAAGAUGGGGAUUUUACCGUGUACGAGUGUCCAGGUCUUGCUCCGACUGGAGAAAUGGAAGUAAAAAACCCUCUGUUUGACGAUUCCUCUCUACACCAUUCAGUGCACAAUGCUCCAUAGCAAUGUGUCCGUCACCGUCACUUCCAGACUUGUGCAAAAACUAAACCAUAAGAAACAGAAAAGAAAAAAAAACACAUUAAACAAGAAUAUACUUUACUACUGAUUCCUUGCAAAAUGACUAUUACAAACAACCUCCUCUGUCCGUGGUCACUCGUCGUUCACCCAAUCACCAUUUAAUGACUUGGAUUGUAGCGAAACCAGGCUAUGAUUUAUGUCUUUUUUUUUUUUUUUUUUUUUUUUUUUAAGCCUUGCACAAUUUCUCUGCCUUGCUUGAAAUGGCGAUAUGGCGAAUCUGCUCAUACUCUAUAUAAAAUUGUUCCUGCUACGGUGUAAGUUAUCUGCAUUGGAAUUCAAACAAUUAUUUCAAACGAGUAUUAAACCAAUUGACAGACUAUAAUUAAAGGAUUCUAAGAACCCAAACAUUUUCUUUUUCUGGUUUAGACAGAACGUAUAAUUUUAAGAGUUUCCAAUUUAGUUCUAUUAUCAAAAUUUGCUUUGUUCCCUUGAUAUUCUUUGUUGAAGAGAUACCUGGUAGAGAUGUGCAUUCGUUUUCGAACAAAUGCACAUUCAUACCGAAAAUCUGAUUUUUUUGUUGAAUAGAAAUUCGAUUUUUGUUUAAUUUUAUACCAUAUAGUGCAGGGCAACAAAUGUUCGGGAAACGUAUUUCCUCGAAUAAACUAAAUUAAAAUCCCCUCCCUCCCCCCGCACAUCUCUAGUACCUAGGUAGGCAUCUACAUGGCAGGAAAUAGUGCCGCCAAUCUAGUGCUCUUGCAAAAGGAUAAUAUUGUUGCAAAGCUGCUGCCAUAUAGUGGUCCAGAAAUGGGCCGGCACCUCAGUUUACGUCCUUGCUUUUCAACAAAAGAUAGCAAGAGAACAAAGCAAAUUUGAUCAAAGAAGUAAAUUAGAACGUGGUAUAAAAUUGCAUGAUCUCGCUGAAUCAUGAAAGAAAAAGUUCAUAUCCCUUUAACAAAUCUUUAAGAUUUUCUCUUUUUUUGCUUUCAGUUCAUUCCUAAUCUGAAACAAAUGCCAGUAACAGGAAAUUGAAAAUGAUAUGAAUUAAUAUUAGUUAAUAUACAAUAAUCACUUUAUUAUGUGUUUCAUAAUUUAUCAUAUAAAUGUGUUUACCUUAGGCAUUGUGAUUUAACUUUUUCCGUUAAUUUAAAUCUGUGUGUUAAAUGUA